GUUUUCUUUCCCGCCGUGCCUCCCAGCGUCUGCUCAGCUGGUCCAUGGGGCAGUGACACUGAGUCAGAGAACUUUUCCCAGGAUCCGGAAAAAUCUGCAUCUCCCCAGUGGCUCUUGUGGGGUUUCCAGUCGGGGAAGAGAUAAGAAUUUAGUCGCAGACCCAGACCUUGGGUUUGCGGAGUUCUGAGACCCGCGUGUCUCUCCCCGGGUCUGAGCAUGCCGAGCGGUUCUGGUGAGGAGGGAUGGGAACAGUGUGGGGGGACCCUAGGAUGGUCCUGAGUCUGCAACUAGCAGGACAAGCCAAGCCCUUGAGACCACAAACAUCUGAGUUUUGGGAUUUCCUUGGAUUUUGGAAUAUUUGUGUCUAAUCAUGAAAUACCACCGGGACAGGACUCGUGUCUGAAUAAGAAAUUGGUUCCUGUUGAGCCUCUAUCUUCUUCUGCAUGUAGCCUGAAGGUGACCAUGGCCUUGCUGGGGAAGCACUGUGACAUCCCCACCAAUGGCUGCGGGUCUGAGCGCUGGAACUCCACCUUCGCCCGCAAAGACGAACUCAUCAACAGCCUGGUGUCCGCCUUAGACUCUAUGUGCUCAGCGCUCUCCAAGCUGAACACGGAGGUGGCCUGCGUGGCGGUACACAAUGAGAGCGUCUUCGUGAUGGGCACCGAGAAGGGAAGGAUGUUUCUGAACACGCGGAAGGAGCUACAGUCAGACUUCCUCAGGUUCUGCCGGGGGCCCCUAUGGAAGGAUCCAGAAGCAGGACACCCUAAAAAGGUGCAGCGCUGCGAGGGUGGUGGCCGGAGCAUCCCGCGGUCCUCGCUGGAGCAGUGCUCGGAUGUGUACCUGCUGCAGAAGAUGGUAGAGGAAGUGUUUGAUGUUCUUUAUAGUGAGGCUGUGGGCAGGGCCAGUGUGGUGCCUUUGCCCUACGAGAGGCUGCUCAGGGAGCCGGGGUUGCUGGCUGUGCAGGGACUGCCCGAGGGCCUGGCCUUCCGGAGGCCAGCUGAGUAUGACCCCAAGGCGCUCAUGGCCAUUUUGGAGCACAGCCACCGAAUACGGUUUAAACUCAGGAGGCCGCCUGAUGAUAGUGGGCGGGACUCAAAGGCUCUGGUGGAGAUGAACGGCAUCUCCCUGCUGCCCAAGGGCUCCCGAGACUGCGGUCUGCAUGGCCAGGCCUCCAAGGUCACUCCCCAGGACCUGCCCCCCACCGCCACCCCAUCUGCCGUGGCCAACUUCCUGUACAGCACUUCAGUGCCCAACCACACCAUCCGGGAACUCAAGCAGGAGGCGCCCACCUGCCCGUUGACCCCCAGCGACCUGAGCUUGGGCUGGCCUGGGCCUGAGCCCCAGGUCCCCAGUGCCCAAGAUUUCUCUGACUGCUGUGGACAGAAGCCCGCAGGGCCCGCUGGGCCUCUCAUCCAGAAUGUCCAUGCCUCCAAGCGUAUCCUCUUCUCCAUCGUCCAUGACAAGUCAGAGAAGUGGGACGUCUUCAUCAAGGAGAUGGAGGACAUCAACACAUUGCGGGAGUGCGUGCAGAUCCUGUUUAACAGCAGAUACGCGGAAGCCCUGGGCCUGGACCACAUGGUUCCUGUCCCCUAUCGGAAGAUUGCCUGUGAUCCCGAGGCUGUGGAAAUUGUGGGCAUCCCGGACAAGAUCCCCUUCAAGCGACCCUGUACUUAUGGGGUGCCCAAGCUGAAGCGGAUUCUGGAGGAGCGACACAGCAUCCACUUCAUAAUCAAGAGGAUGUUUGAUGAACGCAUUUUCACAGGGAACAAGUUUACCAAAGACCCCAUGAAGCUGGAGCCAGCCAGCCCACCAGAAGACACUUCCACAGAGGUCUGCAGGGACACUAUGCUGGACCUGGCUGGGACUGCUUGGUCAGACAAGAGCAGCGUCUCUGAAGACUGCGGGCCAGGAACCUCAGGAGAACUAGGAAUGUUGAGGCCCAUCAAAAUUGAGCCAGAGGAGCUGGACAUCAUUCAGGUUACUGUCCCAGAUCCUUCACCAACUUCUGAGGAGAUGGCAGACUCACUACCCGGACACCUGCCCUCAGAGGAUUCCGGUUACGGGAUGGAAAUGCCGGCUGACAAAGGCCCCAGUGAGGAGCCGUGGCAGGAAGAAAAGCCGGCAGAAGUCUCAGAGGUAAUUCCUGGUACCUCCAGAGCUGGGGGGACUCUGCACCCAGGAAGCUCAGCACACCGCCCUUGCCUUCCAGAGAACCCUGGUGAUGUGAUCCGGCCCUUGCGGAAGCAGGUGGAGAUGCUGUUCAACACGAAAUAUGCCAAAGCCAUUGGUACCUCGGAGCCAGUCAAGGUGCCCUACUCCAAGUUCCUGAUGCACCCCGAAGAGCUGUUCGUACUGGGACUGCCUGAAGGCAUCUCUCUUCGCAGACCCAACUGCUUUGGGAUUGCCAAGCUUCGGAAGAUUCUGGAAGCUAGCAACAGCAUCCAGUUUGUCAUCAAGAGACCCGAACUGCUCACCGAUGGUGUCAAAGAGCCUGUUGUGGAUACGCAAGGCAUUUCCCCACUGCCCCUGUCGGGUUUGCCCCCUCGAUGCCACCUGAGACCCCAGGUGCUCCCUCCUCACCUGCCUUCUCUCCCCACCCCACCCCCAGAGAGGGACUCCUGGGACCGUCUUGCGGAAGAGACCCCGAAGAGACAGGGCCUUCAAGAAAAUUACGACACCAGACUCUCGCGGAUUGACAUCGCCAACACACUUAGGGAACAAGUCCAAGACCUGUUUAACAAGAAAUACGGUGAAGCCUUGGGCAUCAAGUACCCAGUGCAGGUCCCCUACAAGCGAAUCAAAAGCAAUCCAGGUUCAGUCCUCAUCGAGGGCCUGCCUCCGGGGAUCCCAUUCCGCAAACCCUGCACCUUUGGCUCCCAGAACCUGGAACGGAUCCUGGCUGUGGCGGACAAGAUCAAGUUCACGGUCACCAGGCCAUUCCAAGGACUCAUCCCAAAGCCUGAUGAGGAUGACGCCAACAGGCUCGGUGAGAAGGUGAUCCUCCGAGAGCAGGUGAAGGAGCUCUUCAAUGAGAAAUACGGUGAGGCCCUGGGACUGAAUCGGCCUGUGUUGGUCCCUUACAAACUGAUCCGGGACAGCCCAGAUGCCGUGGAGGUGAAAGGCCUUCCUGAUGACAUCCCCUUCCGGAACCCCAACACCUACGACAUCCAUCGGCUGGAGAAGAUCCUGAAGGCCAGAGAGAAUGUGCGGAUGGUCAUCAUCAACCAACUCCAACCUUUUGCAGAAGUCUGCAAUGAUGCCAAGGCGCCAGCCAAAGACAUCCCCAAGCGCAAGAGAAAGCGGGUCUCGGAAGGCAACUCGGUCUCCUCCUCUUCCUCUUCUUCAUCCUCGUCCUCUAACCCAGAGUCUGUGGCCUCCACCAACCAGAUCUCCCUCGUGGUAAAGUCACGCAGAUCUGAACUUCACCCUAAUUCUGUGUGGCCUGUGCCCCUCCCUCGGGCAGGGCCGCCCGCAGCCCCAGGAACUGGGAGGCCCUGGGCUCUGAGAGGGGCUCAGCCAACCUCAGAGGUGCAGGCGCAUGCGCUUGUCUUACCCACAAGAUAGACCGAGGGGGUCUGUGCCAUCAGCACAGUGCUUGAAGUGUGAGUGCCACCAGCGGAGCCAGAGGGGCGGAUGGUCACAUGACAGGACACUGCCGCCAUCAUCUGUCGGCCACGUUGCUGAGUUUGGCUGUUGCCUGAUGAUUUAGGGGAAAACCUAUGUUAAAAAAAAAAAACAAAAAACUGGUGGUGAUGGCGUACGCCUAUAGUCCCACAAGUUCGAGGCCAGCUUGGGCUAUAUGAGUAUUCUGUCUCAAAGAAAACUACUGAGCAGGGCUGGGGGUGUGGCUCAGUCAGCAUGAAGUCCCCGGUUGUGUCCCCAGCUCCGCAUAAACUGGACAUGGUGGCGCACACCUGUGACCCCAGCACUGGCGAGGUAGAGGCAGGAGGAUCAGGAGUUCAAGGUCAGCCUCAGGACAUGAGAAAUUUGAGGCUAGCCUGGGUUACAUGAGACUGUCUCCGCAGAAAGGAAUGGAGGAAAGAAAGACUGGUAUUAGGAUUUCUAGACCCUUGGUGUGUCCCUUCAGCCUCUUUCUGGUACUCUGGAAAGCCCAGAACUGCAUUUGUUUCCCCUGCCUUUGUUUUUAUCAUUGAGGUGGGACAGUCUGUGGGGUGAAGCUGGGCAUAUGGUGCUUCCUGUGCCUGCUCACUCAGCCCUCCCUGGUGUCUAACCCACGUGUUGACCCCCCUGGAACACAGGCAGGGGACAGUCACACCAGACUACCUGUGUGGCCUCAGAGAUGCCAGUAGCUGCCUAAGUGGCAUUUGAGUUUGCCCUCUAAGAAAGCGAGUUAGUUAUUCUGGGAGUUCCUUCGUGUCAUCUGGAGUCCUAACCUGGUCCCUCUGUCCCCCUCUCUCUAGCAGUGGCCAGUGUACAUGGUGGACUAUUCCGGACUAAACGUGCAGCUUCCAGGUCCCCUUGACUAUUAGACCUCAGAGCCGAAUCAGGACCUCAACUCAGAAAGACUAAAGGAAAUGUAAUUUAUGUACAAAGUAUAUUCGGAUAUGUAUCGAUGCCUUUUAGUUUUUCCAAUGAUUUUUACACUAUAUUCCUGCCGCCAAGGCCUUUUUAAAUAAGUAAAA